CGCGGCAGCGGCGGCGAAGGCGGCGGCGGGUUGGGAGGUGCCGGGCGGGAGCCGCGUAGGCGCGGGGUCAUCUGUCAGGGCGAACCUGGACAUGGAGCCGCUCGGCGGGGGCCAGGGUCCCGGCCGCGGGACCCGGGACAAGAAGAAGGGCCGGAGCCCGGACGAGCUGCCUGCGGCCGGCGGCGACGGCGGCAAAUCCAAGAAAUUUACUCUGAAGCGGCUCAUGGCAGAUGAGCUGGAAAGAUUUACCAGCAUGAGAAUUAAGAAGGAGAAGGAAAAGCCCAAUUCUGCUCAUAGAAAUUCUUCUGCGUCAUAUGGGGAUGACCCCACAGCACAGUCAUUGCAAAAUGUUUCAGAUGAUCAAGUUCUAGUACUCUUUGAACAGAUGCUGCUGGAUAUGAACCUGAACGAAGAGAAACAGCAACCUUUGAGGGAGAAGGACAUUAUCAUCAAGAGGGAGAUGGUGUCCCAAUACUUACACACCUCUAAGGCUGGCAUGAGCCAGAAGGAGAGCUCUAGGUCUGCCAUGAUGUACAUUCAAGAGCUGAGGUCAGGCCUGCGGGAUAUGUCUCUGCUUACCUGCCUGGAGUCCCUUCGUGUCUCCCUCAACAACAACCCUGUCAGCUGGGUGCAGACAUUUGGUGCUGAGGGCCUGGCCUCUUUAUUGGACAUCCUUAAACGACUCCAUGAUGAGAAAGAGGAGACUCCUGGGAGCUACGAUAGCCGUAACAAGCAUGAGAUCAUCCGUUGCUUGAAAGCAUUUAUGAACAACAAGUUUGGAAUCAAGACCAUGCUGGAAACAGAAGAAGGUAUCCUGCUGCUGGUCAGAGCCAUGGAUCCGGCUGUUCCCAGCAUGAUGAUUGAUGCAGCUAAGCUGCUUUCUGCUCUUUGUAUCUUACCACAGCCAGAGGACAUGAAUGAAAGGGUUUUGACAGCGAUGACAGAAAGAGCUGAGAUGGAUGAGGUGGAACGCUUCCAGCCAUUGUUGGAUGGAUUAAAAAGUGGGACCACCAUUGCACUCAAGGUGGGCUGCCUACAGCUGAUCAAUGCUCUCAUCACACAAGCUGAAGAACUUGACUUUCGAGUGCACAUCCGAAGUGAACUGAUGCGCUUGGGGCUACAUCAAGUGUUGCAGGACCUUCGAGAGAUUGAAAAUGAUGAUAUGAGAGUGCAACUAAGUGUGUUUGAUGAGCAAGGAGAAGAAGAUUCCUAUGACCUAAAGGGACGGCUGGAUGACAUUCGAAUGGAGAUGGAUGACUUCAGUGAUGUCUUCCAGAUUCUCUUAAACACAGUGAAGGAUUCAAAGGCAGAGCCACACUUCCUAUCCAUCCUGCAGCACCUACUCUUGGUCCGAAAUGACUAUGAGGCCAGACCGCAGUACUAUAAGUUGAUUGAAGAAUGUAUUUCUCAGAUAGUUUUGCACAAGAAUGGGGCUGAUCCUGACUUCAAGUGCCGGCACCUCCAGAUUGAUAUUGAGGGGUUGAUUGAUCAAAUGAUUGAUAAAACAAAGGUGGAGAAAUCUGAAGCUAAAGCUACAGAACUGGAAAAAAAGUUGGACUCAGAGUUAACAGCCCGACAUGAGCUACAGGUAGAAAUGAAAAAGAUGGAGAGCGACUUUGAGCAGAAGCUCCAGGAUCUUCAGGGAGAAAAGGAUGCCUUGAAUUCUGAAAAGCAGCAGAUUGCCACAGAGAAUACCAUUCCUCCUCCACCACCACCCCCUCCUUUGCCUGGGAGUGCUUGUAUCCCCCCACCCCCGCCCCCCCCCCCUCCUCCCUUGCCUGGAGGAGCAGGAAUGCCACCUCCCCCUCCUCUUCCUGGUGGUCCUGGAAUCCCUCCACCCCCUCCAUUUCCUGGCGGUCCUGGAAUUCCUCCACCUCCACCCGGAAUGGGUAUGCCUCCACCUCCCCCUUUUGGAUUUGGAGUUCCUGCAGCCCCAGUUCUGCCAUUUGGAUUAACCCCAAAGAAGCUUUAUAAGCCAGAGGUGCAACUCCGGAGGCCAAACUGGUCCAAGGUGAGAAUUUCUGACCUGUCCAAGGACUGCUUCUGGACAAAGGUGAAGGAGGACCGCUUUGAGAACAACGAACUUUUCGCCAAACUUACUCUGACCUUUUCUGCCCAGACCAAGACUAAGAAGGAUCAGGAAGGUGGAGAAGAAAAGAAAUCUGUGCAAAAGAAAAAAGUAAAAGAGUUAAAGGUGUUGGAUUCAAAGACGGCCCAGAAUCUCUCCAUCUUUCUGGGUUCCUUCCGCAUGGCCUAUCAAGAGAUUAAGAAUGUCAUCCUGGAGGUGAAUGAGAGUGUUCUGACUGAGUCUAUGAUCCAGAACCUCAUUAAGCAGAUGCCAGAGCCAGAGCAGUUAAAAAUGCUCUCCGAACUGAAGGAUGAAUAUGAUGAUCUGGCCGAGUCGGAACAGUUUGGUGUGGUGAUGGGCACUGUGCCCCGCCUGCGGCCUCGCCUCAACGCCAUCCUCUUCAAGCUACAGUUCAGUGAGCAAGUGGAGAAUAUUAAGCCAGAGAUCGUUUCUGUGACUGCCGCGUGUGAGGAGUUACGGAAGAGUGAGAGCUUCUCUAGCCUCCUGGAGAUUACCUUGCUUGUCGGAAACUAUAUGAAUGCUGGCUCCAGGAAUGCUGGUGCUUUCGGCUUCAACAUCAGCUUCCUCUGUAAGCUUCGAGAUACCAAGUCCACAGAUCAGAAGAUGACGUUGUUGCACUUCUUGGCUGAGUUGUGUGAGAAUGACUAUCCUGAUGUCCUGAAGUUUCCAGAUGAGCUUGCCCAUGUGGAGAAAGCCAGCCGAGUUUCUGCUGAAAACUUGCAAAAGAACCUAGAUCAGAUGAAGAAACAGAUUUCUGAUGUGGAACGUGAUGUUCAGAAUUUCCCAGCUGCCACAGAUGAGAGAGACAAGUUUGUUGAAAAAAUGACUAGCUUCGUGAGGGCUGCACAGGAGCAGUAUAACAGGCUGCGGAUGAUGCACUGUAACAUGGAGACCCUCUAUAAGGAGCUGGGAGAGUACUUCCUCUUUGACCCCAAGAAGGUGUCCGUGGAAGAAUUCUUUAUGGAUCUGCACAACUUUAAGAAUAUGUUUGUGCAAGCAGUCAAGGAGAACCAGAAGCGGCGGGAGACAGAGGAAAAGAUGCGGCGAGCAAAACUAGCCAAGGAGAAGGCAGAGAAGGAGCGGCUCGAGAAGCAGCAGAAGAGAGAGCAGCUCAUAGACAUGAAUGCAGAGGGCGAUGAAACCGGUGUGAUGGACAGUCUUCUGGAAGCUCUGCAGACAGGCGCAGCAUUCCGACGGAAGAGAGGACCCCGUCAGGCCAACAGGAAGGCCGGCUGUGCAGUCACAUCCCUGCUAGCCUCGGAACUGACCAAGGACGACGCCAUGACUGCUGUUCCUUCUAAGGUUGCCAAGAACAGUGAGGGAAUCCCCACAAUCCUGGAGGAAACCAAGGAGUUGGUUGGCCGUGCAAACUAAGCUGGGUCCUGUGGCCACAGCAGCUCCCCGGGGCACCCCGGACUGUCUUGCCCUGCAGCCUGUGCCUAAAGGGUCACGGAAAUAGUCCUCUGGGGUGGUUGCUCCCACUACGCUGACCCUUUUACUCUGGCCUGCCGCGCUCCGUGCGUCACACACCCUUCAGCCAGCCUGGAGGCCCCCAGGAACGGGCAGGGGGGGAGCGGGGGAGGCCUGAGCCCGAGCCAGCCAGCCCUGGCCGUGUGUAUUACCAAAGCAGGCUCCGUGGUUGCUGCCUUAACCCCAAGUGUCUCCUCUCUGUCACCGAGGCCUUGUCUCAGACCAGGCCCCACCUGCUCUCCCAGCCCCCGCCUUUCCAGUGGGCUUUCAUUUCACCUGGGUCAAUCUUGCUGGGUUUGUGCUUUUCUUUUGUGGUUUCUCCAGCUCUGAGAACAGCAUGGGGCUUGUGAACCUUCGGGUUCUAUCCCUCCUUUCAUUGCUGUCACCUCUGCUCUGCUCUUCCCUCUCCUGGUUAUUGUUAUUUAUUACUAGUGGUGUGACAGUGGGAGCCAUGCCUAGAGAAGUGGGGAGCAAACCCCACCCUUACUGCACCUUCCUGGGAAAGGCCUCCCAGAACAAAAAGGACCUACCUGGACCACUUGAUCUAUUCCACUGCAGCCAAGAGCCUGUGGGGAGGCAGGGUACAGAGACAUUGUGGGACCUGUCCCCAGCCUGCUGCCAUGUUUGAGGACCCUGCCUCUGUGAACUCUCUACCCCUGCCCCAGGCUACCCAGCCACGGUCACUCCUCACACCUUCCCCAGAGCUUUGGUGCAUCUCAUCUGGAGUAUGGGCUGUACUGUGACCAUCCCAACACCUCACCCUCUGUCUCCAAGGAAAUGGGAGGUGGAGCCUCCUGGCUGAGAAAUUGUUUUGCAAAUGGAUCUAUUUUUAUAUGAGAUUUUUUUUUUUUUUAAGAAAAUAUUCCUUCCCCCUUCCCCUUCCAUAAUGUAAGAGGCUCUGAUGGCAGGUUCCAGCGACCCUGGGAUUUCUCCCCACAGGCCUCAAUCCUGAGCAAGACCCUGGACCUCCACGUCAGCCCUAAAGCCUUCUGGGCCCUUGAGGCCCUCUCUCCCAUUAUCCAGUUUUGGGGCAGGAGGAAGCUCUUCUCUGGUAGAGCUGGACCAGGCCUGAGAAUAGUGGGAGCUGAGACCACAGAGUUUUUAUAAAUUUAAUAUAUUUAUCAAGCCAAAUGUGCAAAUGCUAACUGGGCAAGGAAGCACACGAGUGUGGCCACACGGCAUGCCCCGCUCCCUUCUGAACAGUGGGCAGGCCAAAACUGUUCAGUAGCCCCCGCUCCAGGAAGCUCAGACUCUUUGUCCUCCUUGUGCUUUUAGCUUCCCACCACAGGCAGGGAGAGAGAGUGACACGGUUAGGGCUUGACCCAGAAUGGGAGUUGGUGGAGCACAGGGGGACCUCAGGUGACCUAAGGGUUCCUGCAGGGAGGGCUUCAGGCCAGGAACUGGGGUGCUGGUUGCUACAGCUGCCUGUGUGUGAGGGGGCGACAGCAGCUCCUUUGAGCUCUUCCCUGGAAGGUGGGGGUGGGGGAAGGCUGCCCCCCUGGGUCCCUUCCUCCUCCCUGCUGACAUCUGGGGCUUUGACCCUUUCUUUUUUAAUCUACUUUUGCUAGGAUGCAUUUAAUAAAAAAUUUAAAAAAAAAAAUGCAAACCUGUUUCCCUUGCCUCUUGGGCUUCUGGGAUGUCAUCACCUCCAGUGUAUUGGGUUUGUUUCCAACUGUUAAUAAAGCAUUGAAACAGUA